AUGAAGGCCAACGUCCUUCCCCCAAUGUCACCACCUUCCACUACUGAUCGCACUCACCCCACCUCCAUGCUCCCUCCUUCCCCCUCCCCUCCCAUUAUCCUCCCCACAGCCUUCAUUGUGUGGCUAAUGAAGGCCAACGUCCUUCCUGAAGCCACGCCUUCGGUGCUCAGCCAGGUGGCCUUCCAAGCGCUCAUCCCUUGCUUCAUGAUGACCAAGGUCGCCUCUACUCUCUCCGUACAGCCUCUCUCCUCGCUCGCUUUCCUGCCUCUCCUCGCGAUCUUUCAGCUCUAA